AUGGUGUCACAAGCCGUUAUUGGAUUCGUCCUGCUGCCAGCCGUGCUCUUCAUUCUACUGCUAGUUCUGGUGUUAAUAUCCGACACCCUGCACUACGGAAUUGACUUCUGCUCCAGAAGCAGCUGCGGUCCCGGGACGUAUUUCCUUCUUCAGCUGCUCUCUACUUUGGUACAAGUCAUCGCGAUACCGGUGUAUCUGCUGCUGAUAACGUUAGAGCUAAUCUUGAAUUUCAUUUUGAGCGUGAUGCAGACCCUGUCUAUGCUGAUCACGGUUUUGCUGGGAUACCCUUUGGGGCUGGCAGUGCUCCUGCUAACCUUGGGCGGUUGUUUGUACUUUGAUUCUAUUCCGACUCCUUUGGGAGAUGAAGGGGGUUAG